AUGAGGUUGGCGACCCAACGCCUGUGCUGCAUUCUUGGGCUGCUGCUUCUCACUGAAGGGCACACAAGACAUCUUCAACAAAGCAAGUCAGUGUCAAACUUGCCCCUGGUGCAAGGAAGUGGCUCCACAGCAGCCUCAACGUUGUGGAGAAGUAUCAUCGCAAACGCCUCAGCCACAGGCAAUGCGCCUUUCAGCCUGACCUACGAUGCAGUAGGAUCUGGCCAGGGACAAAAGAGUCUUUUCAACAGAGCAUAUGACUACGCCGUCAGCGAUGUGCCGAUCCCUGGGGAUGUAUACAAUGGGUUGGACAGGCCGAUAUUGCAGAUACCGUUUGCCAUAAGUGCCCUGGAUGCUGUGCAUUCAGUCUCUGGCUUGUCCAAACCCCUGAAUCUCAACGCCUUUGUUUUUGGGGCCAUCCUUCAGUGCACCAUCACCCGCUGGGAUGACCCUGCCAUCCGAGCAAUCAACCCCGAUGCCAAGCUGCCCUCAGCUGACAUCUUCCCAGUCGUGAGGGUGGACUCCAGUGGCAGCACAGAGCUGGUGACCAAUUACCUGGCCACAGAUCCCUCCUGGGCUCUGGCUGUGGGCAAGUCAUUGGCAUGGCCCAAGUGUGCCCAGCAGGUGCAGGGGUCAGAGGGCAUCCUGAACUACAUUGCCAAUCAGAAGAACGCUGUCGGGUACGCGGAGUAUGGGCUGGCCAGGGUGAAUAACAUAGCGUACGCAGCCCUGCAGAACGCAGCUGGCAACUUUGUCCGUCCUGAUCAAGUUCUGGCGUCGAAUGUCACAGAUAUAUUUGGCACUGAUUUCAUUAUCCCCAACUCGACAGUCAGCGCUGCGUGGGCCAAUGUGUCACUCAUGUCAUCUAGGCGUCCCAUGGCUUACCCAAUCUCAGGUCUGGAGUACUACAAUAUCGAACUCGACCUGUCUGCCAAAGGUUACCCCCAGGGCCUCAUACUGAAGGAGCUCGCCCAGUACAUCCUGUCUGAUGCUGUGCAGAAGCCCAUGAAGUGGUUCUAUUUUGCCCCCCUGCCAGAGAAGAUCAAGAGCAUCGCAAAAAUGGACCUUGACAGGAUUGUCCUGCCAAAGCGGCCGCGCACCGCCGAUGACAACAAUUUGCCAAACAAAUGGAUCAAUGUGUACCAGCCCUUAUCAGCGCAGGCGCUGAACGAGCCAGCUUCAUCUGGUGGCACAUUCUACAACGAUGAGCGGCCGCUCAAGCCCAAGGAUGACAUGUCACCGGAGUUCAAGAAGAAGCUGCGCGAUGAGUACCUGUCUCUUGGAGGCAGCCCAAACAGGGCCAUGGGAUCAAAUUACUUCCUGUGGAUCAUUGUGAUCGUCAGCAUCCUGGCAGUGCUCUCGUGGGCCCUGGGCUACAUAUAGAAUGUGAGCAACUGGCAAGCAGCGAGAGAAAAGUGACAGUGGGGCAAUCACACAAACAAAUGAGAACAGCUAGUAGAUCAUCUACGCGCGAGGGGCUGCUUCCCUAGGCAUAUGGACAAUUUUGACGAUGGGUGACUGAUGCCUUGCUUGUGGCAGAGAGCUUGACUGGGCUUGAAUUGUUAAGGAUGCAUUCAAGGAUCACGAUGCAGUUGCUGAUCAGAAUCAGACAGAUUGCACCGCACCAACUACACUACUUGGUCUUUGGGUGAAUCUGCUAUGGUUGAAGCAGAAUCCCUAAAGAAGGAGCAUGCCGCAGAUACUGUGGAAUUUCCAACAUUGUGACUGCACAAUCUCUGACGAGAUUCACGUGAGGAGCAUGUUUGCUGCUAGAUGUGGAUUCGUAAUGGACUCAAGGAUGUGCAAUGACUACACAAUUCAAGGGAUUCCCAGACACCGUGUGACCUCUUCUGUGCGCA